AUGCCCAUCAUGGACUACCUAGUCCGGUUCGCUCAGACGCAUGAGACCUUCCGACUGCCAGAAAUCCAUGCCUGUGCCACACUUGCAGGCGUUGACAUUGAGAUUCUCAGCUAUUAUGAAUUUUCACCAUACUGCGUCGUGAGAGCGCCAAAUGAAGAAGCAAUGCGCACCAUUGCCAAGCGUAGCAUCCUUAUCAGAGAUGUCUUCGAGCUCUGGGGCCAAGGUACCAACUAUGAAGAAUUACAUGCAGACGUUCCGCAACGAAGCCAGCACCGUUGGAAAGACUUCGAGCACUCCGAGUUCGCUUUCAGGCUCGAGUACUUCGGUGGAAAAUGCAACUCAAGCUCGACAUCCAAGAGAGAGAUCCUGACAUCAUUCACAUACACGGGUUUCAAGGGCCCGGUCAAUCUAAAGAACGCCGAACAACAGUUCUUCGUGAUGGAAGAGUACAUCGACGACGUUGAACAGAGUGUACUGAAAGUUGCACCAGUUGAAAAGCCAAGGAAGAUCUUUCUUGGACGAAAGAUCUGUGACAGCUGUCGCGAUACUGUCCUCAAGUACGAUCUCAAAAAACGCGACUAUAUCAGCACGACCUCCAUGGAUGCGGAAUUGAGCCUAGUUACAGCCAACAUGGCACUUGCCGGUCCUGGAAAACUGUUCUUUGACCCCUUCGUCGGAACUGGUAGCUUUAUCGUUUGUGCUUCGCAUUUCGGAGCCUUGAGUAUGGGCGCUGACAUCGAUGGCCGCAGUUUCCGCGGCAAAGAAGCUGCGAAGCUGGGCGUGUACGAGAACUACAAGCAAUACGAGAUGCCCAGCAAAUUUGUGGAUUGUUUCACUUCAGAUUUGACAAACACUCCUCUCCGGCGUCCUCAGUUCCUCGAUGGCAUUGUCUGUGACCCACCAUAUGGUAUUCGCGAGGGACUUCGAGUCCUGGGAAAUCGCCAUGGAAAGCCCGCAGUAAAUGUCAUUAUUGAUGGUGUUCCUGCUCAUCUUCGACCUGGAUAUGUCCCUCCCAAAAAGCCUUAUGGGUUUGAGGCAUUGCAGAAAGAUAUCCUUAACUUCGCGGUGCGAAGCUUAGUGACAAAUGGACGCCUUGCCAUGUGGAUGCCAACCACUAAUGACGAGGCCGUUGAGUUCCCCGUUCCUAUGCACGAGGACCUGGAGGUUGUUAGUGUCUCUGUUCAGUCGUUCAAUAAUUGGUCUCGUCGACUCAUUACAUAUCGCCGCCUACCCGAGGGAGAAAAGUCAGAUGUCACGUUGGGUCGCACCAAGACUGAUGACCAGGGACAUAGAGCCGAUGAUCUCAAUCUGUUCCGACGAACGUUUAUGAACCGAGGACACGUUCUCAAAGCUGAGAAAGACAACGAAACGACACCAUGA